AUGGUUUAUAUACUCUGCUCAGCCCAGCAUUCAGAACAGCCAGAGACUCGGCAGGUGAAAGGCAUCGUGGGAACGUUUUUCUCUUUUCCAGAGAGGGUGUUGACGUCUGGCAAUUUACUUUAUGGAGACCUUGGCAAUAUUGCACACGUGUACCCUGUUAAACAAUGUAAUACCAACCUUGAGAAGAGAUUUAAAAACCACCUUCACUGGAACCAUAUUACUGGAUUCUUCACUUUGUCAGACCUACAAAUAGACGAUUCUGGGGUUUAUACUGUGGAGAAUGGAGAUGCUGAAGAGAAGAUGAGACAUACAUUUCAGCUGACUGUGUACUAUGUUCUGUCCAAACCUCAGGUGACGGUCCAUGAUAACAUCUCCUGUAGCUUGGUGUGUUCUGUGGAGAACGGGAGAGAGGUGACCCUGUCCUGGUACAAAGGAGGGGAGAUACUCAACCAGACCAGCAGCCCUGACCACAACCUCACCCUCGUUCUACCGCUCAAGUUGGAUGAACAGAACAGAGACUCUUACAGAUGUGAGGCUGCCAACCCAGUCAGCAAGGAGACAGCUGUUGUUCCACAUUCCUGUAUAGAGACUGAUCCCUCUAAGGUGACAGAUGGUGAAGAGAGGACACGAGGUUCUCUUAUUGCUGUAAUCUGCGUUUUGGUGGCUUCAGGACUUGUUGGACUUGCAAUCCAUCUGAAGAAGAGGAGAAACAGAAACAAGGCAGAGGCGUGGGAGCCUGACAAACUGGCUGAGGUGUGGGAGCCUGAGGGCCAGCUGAAGCAUGACGUGGGGUGGGCGCCGGCCGAGCCCACUGAGGGAAAACGAGCUCUCGAGCCAGCUAAGGAACAGAUAAAUAUAGGAGGGGCAAUCAACAAGGUAAUGGAGUCCAAUGAUGCGCAGCUGCGCGUAAUGAUGGUGAAAGGUGUGCAUAACGAAGGCAGUCUGGCGCCCUCGAGCGCCAGAGAGGGAGAGCGGGAGCAGGCGCAACAGUACCGCCACCUCAAGGGGCGCCACCCGGCAUACCACCUGGGCGAGCCUGACGGGCCAGCCGAGGAAUGGGCGCUGGACAUGCCGGCUGGGGAGUAG